CUGGCGAGUACCGUGGUGUCCGGAGUGGAACGGUGCGCGCACUGCAUGGCGACGACGUCGACGACGACGACGAGCACGACGAUAACGACUACGGUCGGACCGGAGUAUCCUUAAUGUCAGACGCGAGUCUUCUCUCGGCCUCAGUUUUGUUUACCGUGUCCUCGCGUAAACACCGGAGCGCCGAAGAAGACGAGAGUUAUGAGGCUCCGUUUCCUGCCUGCUAUCGUCAUCCUGAUCCUGAUCGAGGCACAUGGUGACAGCAUAUCGUCCGACAAAGUGGGAACAUGGGCAAAACAGUUAGGUUUCGAGUUGUCGCAGUUGGGCAAGUUUGUGACCAACGUGGACAAGUUCACCGAGAGCUACAAACAGGCAGCGGUGAAGCCACGUGAUGGCACUGCUUUAGUCCACGAGAUCGCUAAAGACAUCAAAGCCAUGAUGGAAUCGAAGAUAUCAGCUAUUAAGAGAAUCAUGGAUGUCGCGGAAACAUCAGCCUUGUCCGCUCCAGAUGCCGAUCCUCCGGAGUCCUUCUUAUAUAUCAACGCAAAGAACAACACGAUCGAUCUGAAACACAGUGCUCACUUCGGCGGUCAAGUCAAUUUGACCAUGUCGGCAGUUCACGUUCCGACGAAUGUCUAUGAUCGAGCCUCUAACGUAAUUAGAGCGAUCAAAUGGUCCGAGGAGUUGGAUAAAACCUUCAUCAACAACUACGAACAAGAUCCUUCAUUGUCUUGGCAAUAUUUUGGUAGCGCGACUGGUUUCAUGAGACAGUAUCCUGCGAUGAACUGGUUGAUGGAGCCUGUGGAUUUGUUCGACUGCAGAACCAGAAGUUGGUACAUCGAGGCAGCUACCAGUCCAAAAGACAUUCUUAUUCUUAUAGAUACUUCCGGUAGUAUGACAGGGAUUCGCAGAGAAAUUGCUAGACACGUAGUGAAUAAUAUUCUGGACACUCUUGGAAACAAUGAUUUUGUUAACAUCAUAACGUUCUCCAAUGUUACGAAAGAGGUGGUGCCAUGUUUCAACGACACCUUAGUACAAGCUAAUUUAGCGAACGUGAGGGAAUUAAAGAGAGCUAUCAUGAAUCUAGACACGGAGAAGAUUGCGAAUUUUUCCCUGGCCUUGACCACCGCAUUCGAGCUCCUCGGAACCUACCGAACCGAGAGGGAAGGAGCCAGGUGCAACCAAGCGAUUAUGCUGAUAACAGACGGCGUUCCUUAUAACUACAAGGAGAUCUUCGAGACAUACAACUGGGAAGAUAAUUCCAACGAACCCUUUAAAGCUGAUAUGCCUGUCAGAAUGUUCACUUAUCUGAUUGGCAGAGAAGUGGCAGACGUAAAGGAGGUGCAGUGGAUGGCCUGUGCUAACAGAGGUUACUUCGUGCAUCUCUGCACCUUGGCUGAAGUGAGGGAAGAGGUCCUUAAAUAUGUUCCUGUAAUGGCAAGACCAUUGGUUCUCGGUCGUACGGAUCAUCCAACGAUCUGGACUCCAGUCUACGCCGACGUGACAGAUCCAAAGAUGACCGAUUGGUUGUGGGAGCAAAGAGAAAGCGAAGAACAGAAAGAGAGAUUCCUCAUGCUUCACAGCAGGAGAAGAUUCUUCAAUGCCGAGGAACGAGAUCGCAGAUUCGUGAAAAAGCAGAAGAAAUCGCACGACCAGAGCGGCGAUCUUCAGGAAUACAGGCUAAUGACUUCGGUUAGCAUGCCGGUGUUCGACCGACGAGAGAACGCGAACAUCACAAGGCAGGUGCUGGUGAACGAAGCAUACUGGGUGACAGAGACAAGAGAGACACGAAUCGCAGAUCUGCUCGGCGUCGCUGGUACGGAUGUUCCUAUCGAAGAGAUACAGAAACUCAUGAUGCCACAUUUACUUGGCGUCAAUGGAUACGCGUUCAUUGUGACAAAUAACGGUUUCAUCCUGAUUCAUCCGGACCUCCGACCAGUGUUUCAGGGCAUCCUAAAACCAGCGUACAAUAGCGUCGACAUGGCGGAGGUUGAGCUGAUGGAUCAGGAUAGGGAACCCAGGGAGUUCGAUGAAGGAAUUAUUACGCUUCGGGAUGACGUGGUCGACCAAAAAAACGGUAGCGUGACACUGCACACGAAAUAUCAUUACGAUGAUAUGAAACGUGUGGGUAGGGUAAGGAGGAAGUACGAUUACACAGGUAUACCAAAUACACCAUUCACGGUGGUGGUUAGUCUGCCGGAACAUGAACACAUUGGAAAUUAUCGCGUGCACGCAACCGAAGAAAUACAUCGUUCACACGUUAGUGGCAAGAACGUGUCUGAUUAUUUCACUGGUAAAAACUGGCGGGUACAUCCACAUUGGCUGUACUGCAAGUAUCACUAUGAAGACGACCGACCGUUUAAUACCUCGGAAGAGCAGCUUGUGCACUUCCUACAGCGAACCCGCCAGCCAGGCUGGAGGUGGAAUGACAUGAAACAGCCAUCCCAGCCACCGGAAUAUUCAGCCACGAAUUCCGGUAAUGACACUCACCGCAAAUCAAAACCUACACCAUACAAAGCGGACAAAGACUCUUAUUACUGCGACAGGGAUCUUCUGUUGAGUCUGGUUUUCGAUGCAAAGGUAACCCAAUGGUUCGCGAAUCCCAAAACUGCACGCGAAGAGGCAGGACCUUUAGCUAGGCUGAUGAAUCUGCUGCCCAGGAAAGAUUUCCAACAACGUUUCGGCGUAACGCUUGCCUUCAUGGCUACCCAUAGUGGUCUGACAAGAUGGAAAGACUUCAUGAUAAACGAAGAAGAAACUAUUCCUGAUGACCACUUCAGUAAGAUGUAUCCCAGAGCUAUCGACGAAGUGUGGUACAAGCGUGCUGUGGAACAGCACUACGUGAAUUCCGAUAGCUUCGUCUUUUCCGUGCCAAUCGACGAGGAAGGGGCAGACAACACUACUCUUGUCACUGCUAGUCGUGCCAUAUUUAUCGGGACUGAUAAGGAAAAGGCGCCAGCUGCGGUUGUUGGUUUCCAAUUCCAACAUACCGCUCUUCAGGCUCUCUUUCAGAAUAUUACAUUUAGUUGCAAAGGAGGUGAAAAGUGCACAGAUUGCGCUGCGGAUGACUGGGCCUGCUACUUGAUCGACGACAAUGGAUACGUGAUCGCAGCCGAAGAUAAAUUUGAUGCUGGGAAAUUCUUUGGUGAACUGAAAGGACCAAUUAUGUCUAGUUUGGUAAAAGAAGGUGUCUUCGAAAAAAUCAGAAUAUUCGACUAUCAAGCAGUCUGCUUCAAAAGUAAGCAAACUAGUAACGAUGGAAGCAUUUUGUUGACGCCAUGGAAACACAUGCAACAGAUGGUUUCGUGGCUCAUCGGCCAAGCAGCCUGGGCUUGGGCUAAAGCUGGAAUUUGGGAAUCCGACUACGCAGAAGCGUAUGCUUAUCCGAACGAAGAUGAAGGUAUGCAUGAAGACUAUCAGGAAAGCGAAGAGAAACCACCGAUAGAUCCUAAGGAUGAGAGGCUAUUCGAUCAAAAGGUUUUGAUCAAUAGAACACGACCAGAAGCUUGCGAUCAAGAGGUAUAUCUGUAUUUGCGAAACGCAUCCUUCAACUUGUCCAACACAGAUGUAGGCGCAAAUACAGGAUGUAAAUACAUCGUGCAACCAGUUGAAUACAGUAACAUGCUUCUCCUGGUUGUGAACAUUGAUGAGAGCUGCGAGCAAAUGAUGAUGCCUCCUUUGAGCGUCAUUCCAGAAGAAAUAAUCUACGAGAAUAAUUCACUGGUAUGCCAGAAGGCGCUCACUUCAUUAAAACGAAAGAGACCUCAAUCCUGUAUUCGUAGUCACGCGAGGGAGAGCGAGAUCAAAGAUCUUUGCGGUUUGGCUUCGAAUGUGGCGCCGAAUGUCUACCUCUUUCUUCUUUUAUCAUUAAUUUACACUUUGGUUCAUCGACUCGUUUUUGGUCAACAUUAAUGUUUCAUUGGAUCGAUUUAAGACGAAAGACAAGAGAUAGAAGGCGAUUAAAAUUUCAGUUACAAAUUUACACGCUGCUGAUUUUUUCGGAAUCGAUUAUCAAACGGAACGAUUAUCUUCACGGCCGUUCAUGCUAUGCAGUAUAUAGAUAUCCUUAGAACGUUUUUCGGGUUCGCAAAAACGUAUUACAUUUAUCAACGUUUUACGAAAAGCUAUUAAACGAAAGAAAAGUACAAUUCGUAAUUAUUCGUUACGAAUCGAUCGAUAUUCUUUUUUUCGUUUUUAUAGUUAUCGCGAUUUCAAGAUGUUCUAGUGUUUAUAGCGACGCUAUAAUAGGGAGAUAUUCUCCGAGUCCUGGUACUGUCUCCUUAAAUGGUACUUUGACGAUGGUGCAAGCAGGGUCUGCACCUUUAUACUAAUUGGUCCAAUCAUCAAUGUACCUCAAGGAUUAUACUAUGUCACGGGAUCAGGGUUAACGAAAUUUAAAGAGGAUGUAUACCCGUGAAUCGGUGCCGAACUAGUCCUAAAAAACAAUCUUACUGCCUGAAACGCAAUGCGGUGUCUAUUUCAUAUACGUCCCUGCUCUGUUUCUUCUUUUUAUCCUUCUCUUCGCUUUUAUUCAUUCGAUUAUAUUUCUUAGACUUGUUAUAGGUACUUAAUCAAAUUCUCGAAAAUUGUACAGCGCUUAUUCUUUGCCCGUAUGAGUGGAAUGGAAAAAAGGAAGCUAACAGAUGGAUAUAAUCAAAAUUUUAUAAAUCUACAUAGAUCGGAAAAGACGACAAGAAAGCAGUAGUCAAAAGUAUACUUUCUUAACAAAAAGAAAUAUCGCAUAUAGAAAUAUUGAAUAAGGAAACGUAAAAUACAUUGCUCAUUCAAAUACUGUCGCUGCUAGUUACUCUACAAAUCAUACACUCGACCAAUCUUGCGUAGGAAGAAAAUUCUAGAGCGGUCGAAAUACAUAUGACGCGUUUAAGAUCUAGAUUUAAAGUGUGGUACAAAGGAGGAAGUUAAUUCACGCGAGAAACGCUCGUAGGUGGAGGACGCACCUACAUUUCGUGGGAUAAUCGGUUGAAGGAAAUUGUGAGGAAACGAUGAAAUCGCAUUUACCACGAACUUAAUUCGUCACGGUCGCUAAUGUUAAUUUUUGGAGCAUUCAACUAUGUAGAAUUUUAUAGGAAACUACGUAUAUGCGAGCAGGGUCGUAUAUAAGAGUUAUACUUUCAUGACACUAUGAAACACACACACACACACAUACACA